UGAAAAUCAAUACCUAAGUAUCAAUGAUUGUACAAACUCAAACUACCAUUUUUAGUAGAAAUUACAUAUCAAAACUAUGUCUCAACUGUUUCAGAAAAUAUUUGCUGACUCACGAAGCCUCGAGCAGAAACUCCGCAGCCACUACAGCUGGUUUGAGCUUAUGCAAAUGUAUGAUAAAACUGCCGACUGCGUAUAUCUGUUUAAUAAAAUUUAUGCCGGACAGGUGAGUUGGUUAAACUUGGGAUAGGUAUAAUAAAUAUUAAUGCUGAGCAGGAGUGAAACUACCUAUAUAUAACACAUUGUUUUACAGAUGUUUUUCAUGUUCCAGUCUGGUUUAAUCUGCACUAUGCUACUAAUUUGUAGAUAUUUAUCGCCAUCGUUAAAGAAUUUUAAUAUAACCUUAAGUGACCUGUAUGUUUACUCAUGCUUAAACAUUCGUCCUGUAUAUCUAUCCAAAAUGUGUGAACUGUUCACGAAUCAAAAAAAUAAAACGUUGCUACUGCUGCUGAAUAUUUUGGUUUAUGGCGAACUUGGUAAGAAAGAUGGAUAUUACAACCAAAUUCAAACCAUGGUUAACCUUGUCCAGACACGAAAAAUGGAAUUAUCUACUAAUGUGUUCACUGCAAACCUGCAGACAAUUCUUAAUUUUUUCGGACGGCUGGUCUCAUACAUUGUUCUUAUGAUACAGUAUUUUUAUAUGCACGUGUUUUCUGAAUAACUUUUUACGAUCCACGUUUUCGUUGUUGUCCCCUUCGCAACAACAUAUUUAAAUUUCACGACUGUCGCGGUUAUAGCUUUAUUUCCUCUGGGAAAAAUGAAAUCUUGGGUCAAAGUAUGAAGUGGAGUUUUUGCAAGAAAUAAAAUGCAACAUUGUCCUAUAUGAGUCGAGAUUACUGUUGUAUUACACGUGUCGUUGAAGUC